AUGCCCGACGUUGAUCUUGGUACACAGGUCUUUGACCUCGUCUUUAAUCCUAAGCAUGAUAUUGUUUAUGCUGGGCUACUCAGUGGGCAUGUGAAGGCAUUUUCAUACGACAACGACGGCUCUUGCACCCCCAAAUUUGAUAUCAGACCCACGAAAAAGACCAUAAGGUCUCUGGCCACCGACUCUGAGGGGCAGGAAUUAUACAGUGUCUCAAAAGACAGGUCAAUUCAUGUCAUUGAUACCUCAACAGGGAAAGUCGUACGUGAGCAGGCGCGAACUCAUGAGUCAGCGAUCAACCGCGUUACACAUCUCAUGUCUAUGCUGGCUACGGGAGAUGAUAGUGGCGUAGUCAAGCUAUGGGAUCCUCGUCAACUAUCACCAAUCAGAUCAUAUACCCAUCAUUUCGACUAUAUAUCUGACUUUUUAUGGCUUCAAGAUAAGAAACAACUCGCUAUAACAAGCGGCGACGGAACGCUCUCCAUUAUCGACGUCCGCUCCAGUAAAGUAGAGCCUUUUGCUCACUCUGAAGACCAAGAAGACGAACUAUUGUCCAUUGUCAGCAUCAAAGACGGCAAAAAAGUUGCAGUUGGCACUCAAACGGGAAUUAUAAGCAUUUGGAAUAGGAGCAGCGGCUGGGGAGAUUGUGUCGAUCGGUUAAAGGGACAUCCACACUCUGUUGACGCACUCGCUGCGCUUUCCGAGGACGUGAUCGUGACCGGUUCAUCAGACGGACUGGUCCGAGUCGUUCAAGUCCUACCAAACAAAUUAUUGGGCGUCAUCGCAGAUCACGGCACCUUUCCCAUUGAACGCCUACGAACUGACCGUAAUGGUGCUUGGCUCGGCUCGGCUUCCCAUGAUAAUAUUCUCAAGAUGACAGAUGUCAGGGACGCAUUGGUCGAUUCGGACGAGGAAGAUUCUUCAGACCAGGAAGGAAGUGAAGAGUCGGAUGUGGGAACAGGGGAGGGAAACCUGGAGGACGAUAGUGACUCGAGCUCCGAGCCUGGCGCCAGGGGUAAUGUCAUGGAAGUGACCGAAGAGGGGGAAGGCGCUGACUCGGAUGAGGAUGACUCAGAGUCAAACUCUUCAGAGACCCAUGUCAUUCAACCCGAUUCGGACUCUGAGCCCCAUCCCCCGCCAGAAACUACUUUGUCCAGGAAAAGGAAGAAAGAAAAUCAACCCGAGGCAGGAAAUAAGAAGGGAAAGGUGGACACGGGGUUUUUUGACGAACUGUAG